CGAAGAUAUAAAUUAGGGAAACUCAAGCACCUGAGUCUCAGUUGUUGUACAACAAUCAGUUCUCCUAGUUUUUCACACAAUGUAUUCUCAAGAUAAUGGUUAUGGUUCUGAAGAUAGUGAGUUUGAUGUUCCUAUAACUCCAUCACCACCGGAACCGUUAUCACCAUCGAUAGUGUCUGAAGACUAUGAUCAUGAAAUAGACUCACUCUUGGAGAGGUACGAAGAAGCAUCUAAAAACGAAGAGUAUUAUUUGCUCUACACACAAUUUCCACAUGAUAUCGGUCAAAUUGGGUGUGGUCUAAGUCCAGCACGAUCAUUUACUCCAGCUGUUGUCAUGCACAAAGACCAGUGGGAAAAAGUAUCUUUUAGCUCAUAUGAGUGGGAACAAUUAAUUACCCAUCUUCGAGAUAGCAAUUUUUUCAAUGAGAUUGUGGACCGUCCUGACGAUGUGGAAAUCAAAUGUGGUGACUACUGCAAGCUUCAACAUGUAAUCUACGAUAGCACGAAAUUUAUCAAAGUUACCAAGCACAACUUGAGUUUUUUCCUAUCACAAGCGGACGUGAUGAACCUCUUACAUAUAAAUAAUGAACUUUUAGUGUCAUAUAUCUCAAUGUUAGAAAAAGUUGAAUUUCCCAAUUAUUAUUAUAAUUUGCUUAAGAGUGUUCGAGCUAGUUUUACUAAUGAUACUUAUGAGUUCUCAGAUGCUUUUCAUAAAAUGCAUGUAUUUAAGAACUUGGAUUGUAACUUGAAAAAUAUUGCACUGGGACAAUUCAUGUACUAUUAUAAAUAUAAAAUUGUCAAUGACUUUGAUAGAAUUUAAU